AGCAUCUACGCAAGUCCUUGUCACUUUUCCUCGGUACUUAUCUUCUUCUCCACUGCGACCUCUGGAGUGUCUUGUCCGACAGUGUUGUUUGUUUUUUUAAUUUUUGUUUUGAUGAUUGAUCUUUCCGUUUGAGUUCCUGGCUAGAAUCCUGAAAUCCCAGAAAGAAAAAAUACGUAAAGAUGGGGCCUAAGCUUCCUUUGACCCACUUGAGAAUAUCGCCUGCCUCUAAUUGUUAUGUGAUUUCUUACGACAAGGGAGAGUUAUGUAAAUACAAAUUCCCUGCAAGAAUAGUUUCAGAGCAGAAGUUCCCGUUCAAGUUCGUACGACAAUCUCUGGGGGAUAGGUGGAACCUGAAUGAUAUAAGCGCUGGCUCAAUCCAAGAAAGAAUGAAUAUAUGGCUAUCGAAGACCCAAGACUUUUUGAAUGAAGUGUCUUCCCCGCUUGCAAAAUCUGGUCAAAAUAGAAAGUCUGCUCCUAAAGAUGAUCUUGGAUUUCAAGUUAUGGAAGACAUAUUUAUGGUAGAGCAGACCAUAGACCGCAGAACAGAAAAUGGCAUUCUUUCUCUAGCUGCUGUUACAUGUAUUGAGCAAUUUAGCAGGAUGAAUGGGCUGACUGGGAGGAAAAUGCAGAAAAUUUAUGAAGCUCUUGUUCCUGAUUCAGUAUACAGAGAUGCCCGUAAUUUGGUUGAAUAUUGCUGCUUUAGGUUCUUGUCAAGGGAUAGCUCUCAUGUUCAUCCUUCCCUAAAGGAACCUGCUUUCCAGAGGCUUGUAUUCAUAACCAUGCUUGCAUGGGAAAAUCCUUACAGUGAUGAGCUUUCAAGUAUCUCAGAGAAGGCUUCUUUCCAGAGUAAGCUCGUCACGGAAGAGGCUUUUGUUCAUAUUGCUCCUGCUGUCGCUGGUGUGGUUGACCGCCCCACAGCACACAAUCUAUUCAAGGCUCUAGCCGGUGAUGAAAGGGGGAUCUCUUUGGGCUUGUGGCUGACUUACAUUAACGAACUUGUCAAAGUGUAUGAAGGACCCAAGUCGUAUCAUAUCCCAGAGUUUCCUCAACUUUCUGAGGAGAGAAUUCUAUGCAUUGGUUCCAACAGGAAAAGGCCUGUAUUGAAAUGGGAGAAGAAUAUGGCAUGGCCUGGCAAGCUCACUCUUACCGAUAAAGCCAUCUACUUUGAGACCGUUGGCUUACUGGGAGAGAAGAAAGCCAUGAGACUGGAUCUUUCAUAUGAAGGAUUACAGGUGGAGAAAGCAAAAGUUGGACCUUUAGGGUCUUCUCUUUUUGACUCUGCUGUUUCUGUUUCCUUUGGCUCAGAGUCGGACACAUGGGUGCUUGAGUUUGUUGACUUGGGAGGUGAUAUGAGGAGAGAUGUUUGGUAUGCAUUAUUAAGUGAAAUUAUUGCUUUACACAAGUUUGUACGUGAGUUCGGACCUGAUGAUUCUGAUGAAUCAUUGUUUGAUGUGUAUGGUUCUCACAAAGGAAAGGAAAGAGCAACAGCCAGUGCCAUUAAUGGUAUUGCUAGGCUUCAAGUCCUUCAGCAAAUGCGAAAGUUGCUGGAUGAUCCCACAAAACUUGUUCAAUUCUCAUAUUUAAAAAAUGCACCGCAUGGUGAUAUUGUCCUCCAAUGUUUGGCGGUAAAUUAUUGGGGUGGCCCUCUGGUUACAGGAUUUAUGAAUACCCGCAAUAAACUGACUCAGGAGACCAGGCCUUCUAAUGAACCUCCUGAUAGUUGCAACAAUGCUUUUGACAUAGAUGGCAGUGUCUACCUACAGAAAUGGAUGAAAUCUCCAUCUUGGGCAUCUGGUGCUUCCACAAAUUUCUGGAAGAACUCUUCAAUUAAGCAAGGUUUAGUGUUAAGCAAGAAUCAUGUUGUGGCUGAUUUAUCACUUGUAGAAAGAGCUGCAGAAACAUGCAAGAGAAAGUACCAGGCUGUAGAGAAAACUCAAGCAACAAUUGAUGCUGCAACUCUACAAGGCAUACCCAGUAAUAUUGAUCUUUUCAAGGAGCUUUUGUUUCCUCUGAGCUUAACUGUGAGAAAUAUUGAGAAACUAAGGCGCUGGGAGGACCCACCUAUGACUGCUGCUUUUCUGGGAGUUGUCUACACAAUAAUUUUUCGAAACUUGCUGUCAUAUGUUUUUCCCAUGAUGCUGAUGAUUUUGGGAGCUGGAAUGUUGACAAUCAGGGGGCUUAAGGAGCAAGGCCGUCUUGGACGGUCUUUUGGUAAAGUCACAAUACGUGAUCAGCCUCCAUCAAAUACUAUACAAAAGAUCAUUGCUGUAAAAGAUGCCAUGCGUGAUGUUGAGAAUUAUAUGCAGCAAGUGAAUGUUGCACUUCUGAAAAUGCGUGCUAUUUUACUUUCAGGUCAUCCACAGGUAACUACUGAGGUAGCAUUGCUGCUGUUAUUUUCUGCAUCUAUUCUCCUCAUUAUCCCAUUCAAGUACAUUUUUUCCUUUCUUAUAUUGGAUCUCUUUACACGAGAGCUUGGGUUCAGGAGAGAAAUGGUAAAGAAGUUCAUAAGUAUGGUGAGGGAGCGUUGGCAUGCCGUGCCUGCGGCUCCUGUAGCAAUUUUACCAUAUGAAGAUGAUGAGUCCAGAUCAGUAAGUCCGCUAAAGGAAACUGAGGACCAAGAAAAACCACAAGGAAGUCAGAAUGGUUUUAAGUCCAGAUAGUUGCACAAUGAUCAUGGUUGUUUAUAGAAUACGAUAGAUGUAAUUUUCUGUCAAUUCUUGUGUAAAGAAGACGACAUUUGUGUACUAGUUUGACUCUUUAUGAAAUGCUUGAUCUGAUUAGCUUUA